ACUAGACAAGUACACUAACCAAAGUCGAAGACCCUUUUAACAUAUUCAUUCACAUAUUUCUUCAAUUUUUUUUAUUAUUUUUUGCCCUCUUCCUUUUAUCUCAUUGAAAGUAGAAGCUUCAAGAAGCAUGGCCAGCCAGUGUUUUAGCUCCUCAAGUUCAGUUUUUCCUACACCUUCAUCAAGCAGUCACACAAAAGUUGAAGAGAAAUGGAUUGGAUCUUUUCCACUUAAGAGAAGACCAGUGCAUUUGAGACUUUAUUCUAGUGCAAGAGCAGCUCUUAAUGCUGAUCCAAAACCAGUAGAAAUUCCUCGAAAAUGGUACAAUCUAAUAGCGGAUCUUCCUGUGAAACCUCCUCCGCCGUUGAAUCCAAGGACUCUUCAACCGGUCAAACCUGAAGACUUGUCUCCACUCUUCCCUGAUGAGUUGAUUAAGCAGGAGACAACCGGUGAAAGAUUCAUAGAUAUCCCAGAUGAAGUUGUUGAUGUUUAUAAACUUUGGAGGCCAACCCCUCUCAUCAGAGCCAAGAGGUUGGAGAAACUUCUGGACACUCCAGCCAGAAUCUAUUACAAGUAUGAAGGUGUCAGCCCAGCUGGCUCUCACAAGCCCAAUUCUGCUGUUCCGCAAGUCUGGUAUAACGCAAAGGCAGGCGUCAAGAAUGUUGUGACAGAAACUGGUGCUGGUCAAUGGGGAAGUUCACUGGCCUUUGCUUGCAGCUUAUUUGGUCUUGGCUGCGAGGUGUGGCAAGUUCGUGCCUCUUACAAUCAAAAACCGUAUCGCAGACUGAUGAUGCAAACUUGGGGUGCAAAAGUACACCCAUCUCCAUCUAGCAUUACUGAAGCUGGCAAGAAGAUCCUUGAGAUGGAUCCCACGAGCCCCGGAAGUCUAGGAAUUGCCAUCUCAGAAGCUGUGGAGGUUGCAGCCAUGAAUGCUGAUACCAAGUACUGUCUAGGCAGUGUUCUCAAUCAUGUUUUGCUCCAUCAGACCGUCAUUGGCGAGGAGUGUCUAAAACAAAUGGAGGCUAUAGGUGAAAUGCCGGAUGUAAUCAUAGGAUGUACUGGUGGAGGGUCCAAUUUUGCAGGGCUUAGUUUUCCUUUCAUUCGCGAAAUGCUUAGCGGGAAGAUAAAUCCUGUGAUAAGAGCAGUUGAACCAGCAGCUUGUCCUUCCUUGACAAAAGGUGUGUAUGCAUAUGACUUCGGUGACACUGCAGGGUUGACUCCUCUCAUGAAGAUGCACACCCUUGGCCAUGAUUUCGUUCCUGACCCAAUUCACGCCGGAGGAUUGCGCUACCAUGGAAUGGCUCCAUUGUUAUCACACGUCUAUGAACUUGGUUUUAUGGAAGCCAUUGCAAUUCCUCAGACUGAGUGCUUUCAAGGUGCUAUACAAUUUGCUAGAACUGAAGGGUUGAUACCAGCACCAGAGCCAACGCAUGCCAUAGCUGCUACGAUUAGGGAAGCUCUUAAAUGCAAAGAGACUGGAGAAGCAAAGGUCAUUCUCACAGCAAUGUGUGGGCAUGGCCAUUUUGACCUCCCAGCUUAUGAGAAAUACUUGCAAGGAGAUAUGGUUGACUUGUCAUUUUCAAAGGAAAAGAUAGAAGCAUCACUGGCCAAUAUUCCCCAAGUUGUGGCGUAAUUAGGAUGGACCAUAAGAGCAAACAAUGGUUUGAUUGGAUGUUCCUUCGUUUUUUCAUGACAUAUCGUCGUG